CCGCCGCCACUCCCCUCAGACAACAACGAAGACUUCACUGUGAUCUGUACCAAGACUAACAACUCUAGACAAGAAAACAAAGGUGCACCGGGACCUUAACUCUCUACCAUGAGUACCACGUGAAAAAGUGGUCUUGUUCUCGUGUUGCUCAAGAAACUAGCAGAAGACGAAGGAAAUCGGUGCCCACAAGACUGUUGUUUCGCCCCUGGAGGCUGUACAAGGAUUACACACCCCGCCUGCGAUAAUCUGUGACACCCUUAACUCAGCUUACCGUCCGCCGCGAGGACAGCCGAAACCAUGCCUAUGGAAAUUGUUCACCCUGAUGUGAUCCAGGGCAAUGGAGAGGUGGAAGAAGAGGAGGAACGAGUGACGGAGGGUUCGGGGACAGAGGAAGAGACGGAAGGAAGCAGCAGAAAGCAAGAUGGGAGAAAAGAGAAGCGUAAACCGUCCAUCCAGAGAGAGUUGGCUGACGCUAUCGUACGUCUGGCAUCCAUCGAGGAGUUGAAGAUCUUGCUUAAAUGUGGCGCUAAUGUGAAUGACACAAUAACCCAGGGCCUGACCCCCCUACAUUAUGCAGUGUGGCAGCGUUACCCGGAGGCAGCAGAGUUCCUUAUUGCUGAAGGCUGUGACAUCAACGCCCGGGAUGACAUCGGCUACACAGCGCUGCACCUCUCGGCCGAGCACGGGUACAUAGAGAUGAUGGAGGUCCUCCUCAAACACGAAGCACACGUUAAUUUCAAUAUCCCACCUGAGAUCGAGGAAGACUUUCCCACAGAUGCCUUUGACGAGCCCCUCCGUCUGGCAAUUAAACAUGACCACUUUGAGGCAGCCAAGGUGCUGCUGGAACACGGCGCCAACCCCAACACCCGGUACUUUUUUGGCUCCGAGGUCAACCUGGUCAACCCCCUCAAUACACAGCUCCUCCACCUUUUGCUGUCCUACGGUGCCAACCCCAAUGCCCGUGACCGCCAGGGCUUCACACCCAUGAUGAAGUGUUGUCGUCUGCAGCAGGAUGCAUCAGAUGAGAUGGAGACCCGCCAAAGUAUCUCUGGCGUGGAGGUCCUACAGCACUUCGCCCAGACCCUCAUGGGCUUGGAAGCUGUUCUUCUCCUCAUCUCCUUUGGUGCUGACGUUAACGCCCGCACGGAGGCCCGACAUGACUACAGGAGGGCUUGUCUCUAUUCUGACUCUUCCCACCCACUCCUUAUGAACCCCCUCAACAGGUCGGUGCUCCACUACGCUGUCCUCUCUGGCUCCGUGGCUAUCGUCAACCUCCUCCUGAAGCAGGGGGCGAGGGUCAACUUUGAGCCCGAGUACAACAAGCCAACACCACUCGACCUGGCCAUCCUCAAGGGGGACAUCGAGAUAGUGCGGCUCAUCCUCGAACACAAUCCUGACCUAGAUGCCAGUUCCCCCAUCAUCGGCUCCCCCCUUCACAUGGCCUGUAGUGAGGGCAUACCUAACCGCUUUGAGAUCUUAAAACUGCUGCUGGAGAGAGGCGCAAACCCCAAUCUGGUUAUUGUCGGGGAGGACAAUGCUCCCAUCAAGCCAGCCCUAGGGGAGUACCUCUCCUCCAAUGAAACGCCUGACAUAGAGGUUGUCAAUCUCUUCCUGAGGCACGGUGCUGAG